AUGUUAGCGAGAAGAUUGGAACGUUUCUUCAGCCACGUGCUACGGCCUCAGUCCACCAUCAGACACUUCUCGACAACCUCUCUGGUGGCUGGAGCUGACACAGCGUCCCUCCUGCCAUGGAGUCGGCGGAAAACGAAGAGCCAAGAAAUGGUGGGCGUGGCUACUGCGGAGCAGCAGAGACGAGAGAAGUUUAUUCCCGUCACUCGUCGCUCUCUGAUGCGGCGGCUGCGGGAUGAGGAAGGUCUCCUCAACUGGGAGGAGAGGGACAAGCUGGAGAGCUUCGCCGCCGCCCUCGAUUCCCACUUCUCCCAGAGAUUCCUGGCAACUCUCCAGGAAGCCAAGAACCUGUAUGAUGCAAUGGAUCCUGAUAAGGACACACUGACGACGCGGCAGCAGCUGGGCAGGAAGGAGCUCCUGGACACUGAGCACCAGCUGCUCCUGCUGGUGGAGAGGUUGCUGGACAAAGCCAACUACUUCCAGGUACCAAAGGACCAGUUGAGGGACCUUCUCCGAGACCACAACACAGGAGGUCUGAGGGUCUCGGUGAACCCCGACAUCUACGACACACUCCGUAUCUGGACCAGGGGGCGCUCUCAGGGGGACCAUCGCUGGCUGCAGAGGUUCCGCGGCCGACUCAGUCGCUACACCAAACCAAUACCCCAGCAGUCAUCUCGGUCGCUGAACCACUUCACUCGAGUGUUUGUGACCGUGAGAUUCAAAUCAGAGAAGAAACUCCACCUCAAGGUGUUCAAGGACGUGGCGUGCGACAAGAUGGAGCACCUGCUGCCGGACGGGAAGAUAAAGAUGUCAGAGUACGACAAGUGGUUCCUGGGAGGCAGUGUGUUGGCGGGUAGUGUGCUGGUGGGCAUGAGGAGUCUCCCAGUGUUGGAGAACUACCAUCUGAACUGGACCUGGGUGGGGCUGGGACUGGCAGCUCUGACUGGAGCCAGAGCCUGGGUCGGAUACCGCAACAAGAGAAACAAGUACCUCGCCAACCUUGCAGCCACGCUGUAUUUCAAGACCGUUGCUAAUAAUCGCGGGGUCCUCACCUUAUUAGCCGAUCGAGCGGUUGACGAGGAGUUCAAGGAGGCGUUUCUGGCGUACGUGUUUCUGUUAUCGCCUCGUAAUCGCAGGGGUAUCCCCGGGACAGCUCACACAGCACUCCCUCCCUCUCGCGACACGGCAGAUGAGUUGAGACUGCGUAUCGAGGGCUGGUUGGAGGGGCAGUACCAGCUGACGGGGUUCAGAUUUGACGUGGAAGAUUCUCUCAGCAAACUGAGUGAUCUGGGCCUUCUGCUCAGACACCCUGACCACACCCUCUCUGUCCUGGGUCUGAAGGAGGCAGUAGCUCUGUUGCCCAGUUCAGCUCUGCCGUGGAGGGCCAUGGGGGCCAUGAGGGACAGCGAGAGUGCCGACGAGGGCGGAGAGAGAGAGGGAGAUCACCAGUGGACAUGACGCAACUUUUUUGUCUGCAAUAUUUGUGUUUCUGUUGUUUUAUUCAUGUAGACAUGAUACACAUCGUUUCAGAGUAAACAUUCAGUCAGAUAUAGGGGUUCAUAUUUGCAUAAUGUCCCAGUGGGUAGCUAGCUGAGGCCUUAUAUGGAGGGUGAGGUAUGACAUAUGAAGAGCUACAGAGAGGAUAUACACAGGCUCUCUAUGGGAGUGUUCCCAGCUGCACAGUGGUGGGGGUUAAUCAGGCAGCAGAUUGGAGGGGCAAUGGAGGAGUCUGGAGGGAGAGGACCGGUGGGGAGGGGUGGAGGAGAGGGGAAGAGUGAGUAGGGAUGAGGCCCAGCCCCUGGAGGAAGUAGCAGAGAGCAGUGGCCACUUUCCCAGGCUCCUCCAGCAGUACCAGUCCACUGGUGGAGGGCACCUGUGGGGAGUGGAAUUAUGGACCAGUGAGUCGUGUUUCCUUCACUUCCCUGUCAUCUCCUCCGACUGAAAGCAAACAGUUUUGACUGAGGACAGCCAGCUAUGUCUGCCCUUU